AUUUGGGUGCGUGUAAACGUAGCCAAUGUGUAGUUUCUCUACAAAGUAACAUCACCAUCUACUGGCCUCUCAGCACAAUGCAGUGUUUUUAGAUAUUAUCUGUAUUAAAAAGGGACCGUUUUGGCAUUGUUUUCAUUUGUACACUCAUUUCAUCCUUUUAUUUUUCAAAUGUAUAAAUUGAUUUUCAUCUUUAUAAUGAUUUAAUUUCAGGCCUAAUGAAAAUGAAGGAAGAAAGACCAGAUCUGAAUGACGUGGAGGAGGAAUAUCAGGAUCAGAAAGAUCAAGAUGUCAAUGGAGAAAAAUCUGUAAUUUGCAACAUUAAAAAAACAGACGUCAAAAGGCCUUUCAGCUGCUCUCAGUGUGGGAAGAGCUUUACACGGAAAGGACACCUUAAAAAUCAUUUGUUAACUCACACUUCAGAAAAGCCUUACAGCUGCUCUCAGUGUGGAAAGAGUUACGCACAGAAAGGAAACCUUAAUAAUCAUUUGGUAACCCACGCUUCAGAAAAGCCUUUCAGCUGCUCUCAAUGUGGAAACACUUUCAAUCGUAAAGCAAGCCUUGAGAAGCACAUGUUGAUUCAUGCUGGGAUAAAGCCUUACAUCUGCUCUGAGUGUGGAAAGAGUUGUACAUAUAAAGAAAACCUCAAGACUCACAUGUUAAUUCAUACUGGGAUAAAGUCUUUCAGUUGCUCUCAGUGUAAGAAGACUUUUACACAUAAAUCAGGCCGUGAGAAGCACAUGUUAAUUCAUACUCAGAUAAAGUCUUUCUGCUGCUCUCAGUGUGGAAACGCUUUCAGUCGUAAAGCAUGCCUUGAGAAGCACAUGUUUAUUCAUACUGGGAUAAAGCCUUACAGCUGCUCUGAGUGUGGAAAGAGUUUCACACAGAAAGGACAACUUAAUAAUCAUCUGGUAACUCACACUUCAGAAAAGCCUUUCAGCUGCUCUCAGUGUGGAAACACUUUCAGUCGUAAAGUAUGCCUUGAGAAGCACAUGUUGAUUCAUGCUGGGAUAAAGCCUUACAGCUGCUCUGAGUGUGGAAAGAGUUACACACAGAAAGGAGCACUUAAAAAUCAUCUGGUAUCUCACACUUCAGUAAAGCCUUUCAGUUGCUCUCAGUGUGGAAAGAGUUUUACGCAGAAAGGACACCUUAAGGAUCAUUUGGUUACUCACACUUCAGUAAAGCCUUUCAGUUGCUCUCAGUGUGGAAAGAGUUUUACAUAUAAAUCAACCCUUAAGAGACACAUGUUUAUUCAUACUGGGUAAAAAACCUUUUACCUGCUCUCAGUGUGAAAUGUGUUUAGAACAAAAAUGAGACCUUAAUAAUUUGGUAACUCACACUUCAGAAAAGCCUUUCACCUGCUCUCAGUGUGGAAAGAGUUUUACACAGAAAGGAGACCUUAUGGCUCGUUCCCACUCAUCGGUACAGUACAGUUCAGUAAAGUAUGAUUUGAUACGGGGAACCCUGAUCAGACUUGCGUUUCCACUACCAAAAGUACCCUUAUUUGGUAGGUGUAGUGUAUGCUGGAAAGUAGCGAUUGAUGAUGAACUGUGACAAUAAGCACAACUCUGCCUUGUUUUGUGAAAAAUCAGUGUUAAUGAACACUAAUAGCCAUUAUAAAAGGAUAAGUAUAAAGUUUAAGAGACUUAUAUAAGAAUAAAUAACAGUUCAGUGCUGCCUCGAACACAUCGGCCAAGCAAAAAUGCCAAAUAUUGGUCAAUAUAUCGGCCUUGGUUAUAUAUUGGUUGACAACAAAUAUAAAGUUAAACAUAACUGUGCUCAGCCAAAAAGAUAUGAAAAGGAACAAAUGAUGGAUUCAUGAAACCACAAAUGCCUGUUAAAUAUAGCCAACACAAAACAAACUCUCACAGUUUCUCGUGUUUUAUCACUACAGAGACAUCAGAGCCAGCGGCAAAUGACGGAAAGACUAGCCAAGCUAAGGCAGCUCUCGGUGGAUACAUUAGCACUGAGCUCCCGGUGAUUGCCUAGAGCUCAGAAAUCAGCAUAGCAAAUUUUCAAUGACUAAAGUACAUUCAUGCCUGAAUAACUCUUAAAACCUACAUUUCAUGACACAAUAACAGUAAUAUCUGGAAAAUUAUGCAGGUCUUAAAGAGUUAGUUCACCAAAAAAUGACACACCCUCAUGUCGAUCCAAACCCGUAAGACCUCCGUUCAUCUUUGGA